AUGGAGGGUGGCCUGAAAAACAACAAACAUGAGUUCACCCUUUCUUCACAAGAGUAUGUUCAUGAAUUGCGAUCGGGCAUCUCAGAUGAGAAACUCCUCAAUUGCCUGGAAUCUCUUAGAGUGUCCUUAACAAGCAAUCCUGUCAGUUGGGUUAACAACUUUGGCUAUGAAGGACUUGGCGUCUUACUGGAUGUGCUGGAGAAACUUCUGGACAAAAAACAGCAAGAAAAUAUCGACAAGAAGAAUCAGUACAAAAUCAUUCAGUGCCUGAAAGCAUUUAUGAACAAUAAGUUUGGACUACAAAGGAUUCUAGGUGAUGAGAGAAGCCUUUUACUGUUGGCAAGAGCAAUUGACCCAAAACAACAGAAUAUGAUGACUGAAAUAGUAAAAAUCCUUUCUGCUAUUUGCAUUGUUGGGGAAGAGAAUAUUCUGGACAAACUUUUAGGGGGCAUCACUGCUGCAGCUGAACGAAAUAACAGAGAACGAUUUUCCCCAAUUGUGGAAGGCUUAGAAAAUAAUGAAGCCUUGCAUCUCCAGGUGGCCUGCAUGCAAUUCAUAAAUGCACUUGUAACUUCUCCAUAUGAUCUUGAUUUUCGAAUUCAUUUGAGGAAUGAAUUCCUACGUUGUGGACUAAAAGCAAUGCUCCCAAGUCUUAAAGAGAAAGAAAAUGAUGAGCUUGAUAUUCAGUUAAGGGUGUUUGAAGAGAACAAAGAAGAUGACCUAACUGAAUUAUCCCACCGUCUCAAUGACAUUCGAGCUGAAAUGGAUGAUAUGAAUGAAGUCUUCCAUCUUCUCUAUAAUAUGCUGAAAGACACUGCUGCUGAAGGUUACUUAUUAUCCAUUCUGCAACAUUUUCUGCUCAUCAGAAAUGAUUACUAUAUCAGGCCACAGUAUUAUAAAGUAAUUGAGGAGUGUGUUUCACAGAUAGUGCUGCACUGCAGUGGCAUGGAUCCAGACUUCAAGUACAGGCAACGCAUAGACUUUGAUUUCACUCAUCUCAUAGAUGCUUGUGUAAACAAGGCAAAAGUUGAAGAAAGUGAGCAAAAAGCAAUGGAAUUUUCAAAGAAGUUCGAUGAAGAAUUCACAGCUCGUCAGGAGGCUCAAGCAGAGCUUCAGAAAAGAGAUGAAAAAAUCAAAGAACUGGAAUCAGAAAUCCAGCAACUUCAAGCCCAGGGACCUGCAUCUGCAUUUCCAGGGCCACCUCCACCACCUCCACUACCAGGUGCAGGGCCAUGCCCACCACCUCCUCCACCACCACCCCCACUCCCAGGAGUAGGUCCUCCUCCACCACCACCAUUACCUGGUACUGCACCACCACCACCACCUUUGUUUGGAGCACCUCUUCUACCACCACCCCCUGGAGGAAUUCUUCCUUCCCUACCAGGACCAGUUGAGCUACCAUAUGGAAUGAAGCAGAAAAAACUGUAUAACCCCGAGGUAUCCAUGAAAAGAAUCAACUGGUCCAAGAUUGAGCCUAGAGACUUAUCUGAAAACUGUGUUUGGCUAAAACUUAAAGAAGAGAAGUAUGAGAAUCCAGAUCUUUUUGCAAAACUGGCCUUGACAUUUCCUUCCCAGAUGAAAGGCCAAAGGCAUGCAGAGACUUCAGAAGAAAAUAGGAUUGGGCCUCAAAAGAAGAAAAUGAAGGAAUUAAGAAUUUUGGAUACCAAAACAGCCCAGAAUCUGUCUAUCUUCCUUGGAUCUUACCGCAUGCCUUAUGAGGAAAUAAAGAACAUUAUUUUGGAGGUUAAUGAAGAGUUGCUCAGCGAGGCCCUAAUUCAGAAUCUUGUGAAAUAUCUUCCUGAGCAGAAUGUACUCAGAGAACUAGCACAGCUUAAGAACGAAUAUGAUGAUCUCUGUGAGCCUGAGCAGUUUGGUGUUGUGAUGAGCACUGAAUAUGUUACGCCUUCGCCUCAAGCAAGCAUCCUUUCAAACUCACCUUUGAAGAAUAUGUCAACAACAUCAAACCAAGCAUCAUAG